CAAACCUAUUCCAACAGGUGCCUUCAAAGUCUGCUCAUUGCUCCAUCCUUCAUUGCCACCAUGAAUUAUAGCUAUGCUCAUAGCAUCUCUUCCAGGGGAGGCAGUGGUGUCUCCUCUCGGCUUUCUGGAGUUUAUGGAGGGUCGAACAUUCAUGGUGGGUAUGGUGGUGCAGGGAUGUCCUCCCAGUCUGUUUCCAGGUUUGCAUCUUCUGGAGGCAGCCUGUCUUCUGGAUUUGGUUGUGGAGCAUCCUUUGGUGGUGCAGGUGGAUCCGGAUUUGGUGGAAGCUCUGCCUCCCACAGCGGAGAUGGAUUGCUUUCUGGGAAUGAAAAGUAUACGAUGCAGAACCUGAAUGACCGUCUGUCUAAUUACUUGGACACAGUGCGCUCAUUAGAAGCAGCCAAUACUGAUCUGGAGCAUAAGAUCCAUGAAUGGUAUGAAAAGCAAGGAUCGGUCAUUGUGCAUGAACAGAACUAUUCCCCCUACUAUGCCACAAUUGAGGAGCUGCGGGAGAAGAUCCAUAAUGCAACUAUUGACAACAAUCAAGUUUUACUGGCCAUAGACAAUGCACGUCUCGCUGAUGAUGAUUUUAAACUAAAGCAUGAGAAUGAGCAAUCCCUGCGAAUGAGUGUUGAAGCUGAUAUCCAUGGUUUGCGUAAAGUGCUGGAUGAAUUAACCCUCUCCCGAUCUGACCUAGAGAUGCAGAUUGAAAGCUUAAAGGAAGAGUUGGCCUACCUGAAGAAGAACCAUGAAGAGGAAAUGAAUGAGAAGGGUCAACAGGUGAAAGGCACAGUAAAUGUAGAAAUGGAUGCAGCUCCAGGGACGGACCUGACCAAAACAUUGGCUGAAAUGCGAGAUCAAUAUGAGUACAUUUCUGAGAGGAACAGAAAGGAGGCUGAGGCCUGGUACUUGACUCAGAGUGAAUCUCUCCAUAAGGAAGUGACUGUUCACACAGAACAAGUACAGUCUAGUAAAACGGAGGUCACUGAGCUGAGACGCAAUUUGCAGGGGUUAGAGAUUGAGCUGCAGUCGCAAUACAGCAUGAAAACAGGACUGGAGGCCUCCAUAACAGAGACCGAGGCUCGGUACUCCAACCAACUUCAUCAUAUCCAGAAUUCAAUUGGCACCAUGGAGUCUCAACUUACAGAUCUUCGGUCUGACCUGGAACAUCAGAAUAUGGAAUACAAGACCCUUUUAGACAUUAAAGCUCACCUGGAUGCUGAGAUUGCUAUGUAUCGUAAAUUGUUGGACGAGCAUGACAAAAGCAUUGGUGAAUGUCACAAGGAAAGUGCAGGAUCUACUACAACCACAACCACAACCACCACUAAGGUCCACGCUGUUGUGAAAGAAGAGGCCUCUUCAUCUGUGAAGAAGUGAUCUACAAGACAACCUUGUCUCCAAUAUUGCAAAUGAAUUAAUGAGCUUAAAAUGUUAAGAAAAAAAUAUUUGCAAUAAUAAAGCAUCACAAUCAC